CUUUCUAUGUUUGGCAUUUCCCUUAGCUUACCGAUCGAAGGGUACUAAAAUUAUAAAUUCACCCAGCCAUACAAAUUUCGAAAAUAAACUCCCUCAAAAUUAAGGACAAAACUACGUAAGGACCCAGGAAGAGGAUCGGGAUGCUGAACAUAUUGGGCCGGAGUGGUGGCAUUAGCGUGCGCUUCUUCGCCAAGGACGUUCGCUUCGGCGUCGAGGCGCGCAGCCUGCUCCUGCAGGGCGUGAACAUCCUGGCCAACGCGGUGGCCGCCACUCUGGGCCCGAAGGGCAGGAACGUGCUCAUCGAGCAGCUGCUGAUAUCGCCGCGGAUCACCAAGGAUGGCAUCACGGUGGCCAGCAAUGUGCAGCUGAAGGAUCGUCGUCUGGAUAUGGGUGCCCAGCUACUCCGCCAGGCCACCAACAAUACGAAUAACGAUGUGGGCGAUGGCACCAGCACGGCCACGAUCCUGGCCCGUGGAAUGGCCUGCCAGGGGAUGCAUGUGCUCCGCCAGGGUCAGGUGAACGUUCAGCUCCUGCGAGAAGGUAUUCUCGAGGGAGCGCGAACGGUUUGUGAAGCUCUGUGCGAGAUGUCCCAAUCGGUGGAUACAAUAGGUCAAGUGGAAGCCGUGGCCAAGGUGGCCCUCAAUGGAGAGGAACGACUGGCGGAGCUGAUUGGCGACACCAUACUGGAACUGGGAGAAAAUGGUGUCAUCUUGGUCAGGGAGUCCCAUGGUCCCAACGAUGAGGUUAAGUUUCAGGAAGGCAUUACCCUGCCCUGUGGUUACUGCUCACCCUUCAUUGCCGCUAAAAGUGGCAAGGACAGCCGCCUGGAACUAGGCAAUUGCUUGCUCCUGCUCACCCUGGCCAAGAUUGAUCAGGUUGAACAGAUCCUGCCCGCUUUGGAGUUGGCUCGGCUGAGGGAACAACCCCUUCUGAUUAUAGCCAAAGAUUUUUCCAGCGAUUUGCUAAAGAUUCUGGUGUUGAAUCACCUUCAGGGAAUAGUUCAGGUCUGUGCAGUCAAGGCGCCUGGCUUUGGCGACGAGCAGCGCCUGGAAAUGCAGGAUCUGGCUCUGGCCAUGGGUGCCCAUUUACUGGAGGAUGCCUCUUGGCUGGCGGAUCUCAGUGAGGAGGACCUGGGUGAGGUGGUGGCUGCUGUGGUGAAUGCCAAGGAAACGCACCUUUUGCAACCGAUCAAGGUUAACGAGGAGCAGGUGCAGUCCCGAAUUCAGCACAUCCGUGAGUUGAUCGAUGAGGCUGUCACCGAGGAGGAAUUGGACCGGCUUAAUACACGACUAGGACGACUGCAGGGCCGCCUGGCCACCAUUUAUGUGGGCGGGACCAGUGACCUGGAGUUGAGCGAGCGGAAGGAUCGCUUCAAUGAUGCCCUGCACGCAGUCCGUGUGGCUAUCAGCGAUGGCGUUGUUCCCGGAGGCGGCACAGCCUUUCUGCGGUGUAUUCCAGCUCUGGAUAGGUUGCCGCCAGCCCGGGCUAUGGAGCACCAGUUGGGCAGAGAAAUUGUAAAGGAUGCACUUCGGCUUCCCUGCUAUACAAUCGCGCACAAUGCUGGAGUGAAUCCCAAUGAGGUUCUCCGUCGAGUCCUCGAUGGAAGCGGGAACUUUGGAUUCGAUGCCGCCACCGGGGAGUUCGGCGAUCUGGUGGCCCGGGGAAUUGUUGAUCCCGCGAAUGUUUUAAAAGCCGCCAUGGCGGAUGCCGCCGGAAUUGCCUCACUCUUGGCCACCACCGAAGUGCUUAUUACCAAACAGCCGAUCAAGCCAAAGAUUCCGAAAAACCAAAUCACCCGGGACCUAGCUAGACUUGUUGGCAUGUAGUUGAGUCAGUGGAAAUUUAUCAAAAAUUAUAAUCAAAUUAUUUGUAUAAUUUUAUUACCCGUAGAAGUAGGCAAUGAAAAUA